AUGAACGCUCGCGUCGCUCCCGUCAUGGACGACGACGACGAAGACCAAGGCCACGUCUCCGAGCACUCGGCCGAUGAGGGCAGUGACUCUGACCCUGACGAGUCCAAUGCCGGACCUGGUGGUGGGCGAUCAACUACAACCCGUGCCCGCCGCACCGGGGCCAAGGACAUGGACGCCGGCGAGGACGACGAAAAAGCCCGACUCCUGGAACAGCUGCAGGAUGAGCUGCGCAGCCUCACGCUCGAGGCCGAGACGAUCCUCUCCCGCCAGCCGCGAGCCACGCAGAUGGCCCUGGUGCGCGAGACGAAGGGGUUGUUUGACGAGUAUAAGCACUUUGGAUCCAUGGCGAGGCUUAAAGUCGGGGUGGAGAGGUUUUUGGGGUUGGGGGAUGAGAGAGGGAAGGUGCGCAUUGAGAAGGAGGAGAAUGAGAAACAGGUGGGAAAGGAUAAGGUCAAGAAUAAGACCAAAGAGAAGGAGAAGGAGGGUGCGCAACAAUCUCCGUCAAAGUCCACGUCUGCAGCAGCAGCUGCCGAGGCCAAGAGACCGGCACCGGCGCAUUACGGCGAGGCGUUCAUGCUCAACGACACCGAAGACGACGACAAGCCCAAGUUCGACGCCGAGCGCGAUUUCCCCACGACGCGCUGCGUCGCUGUUGAGGACUCGGAGGAGUGGGAGGAGGACAACACGGAUGACCUAGAGGGUUUGGAGGGCUUAGAGAGCUUCUCGGACGCAGACGACGAGGACCUGGACGAACCCUUGCACACGCACCGCCCUCACCCUCUCCGCACCAACGACCCAGAGUCUCUGCCUUACGUGACAACCCUGCCCUGGGACCCCAUCGCCACCAAAAUCAGCUGGGCCGACGACAAAACCUGGCCCCCCGGCCUCUUGGGCAACCUCAACAAGAUGCUUUCCGUCGAGGACGUCGCGGCCCGCGAACGCCUCUUCCACCACGUCUCGAAAUACGGGCCCUCCCCGGUAUUCCGGGUCGGCAUCGCCGAGCAACUGCGUCACGAGUACGCGCACGUCUUUGAGAGCGCGCAAAGCCACUACCUGGGGCUCACGCCCGAGACGCGGAGCUUUUUGAGAGGCGUGUAUGCGAGACAUAAGCAUAUCAAUGUCGCUGAGAGAAGGCUGUUGGCUCUCGCGUGCCGCGUCGCGGAGGAUUCGGUCCAGAUGUUCUGGGAGGACGCGGCGGACAAGAUGAGGGGGUAUGAGGCGAUGAGGAUCUUCAUGGCUGCGAGGGAGUUGGAGAGGGAUCACCAUGCCGCCGCCGGGAAAACAACCACCACCACCACCACAACGGAUCCGAAACCAGAUCCCAAGAUGGAUCCCGGCUCCGAUGCACGCAGGGCCCAGAUCCUCAAGGCUCAUCAAGAACGCUUCAACAGGGAGUUUCGAUCCGGCGCCAAUGCGAAUGCCAAUGCCCAUGCCAGUUCAGAUCCGAAUGCAGGAGACGCGCCUCUGUGA